AUGUCUGAAGGAACCUGGGAGAAGUUUUCCCAGGUCGCUGUGAAGGGUGCUGAACAUGACUCUCGUGAACGCCGGCCCCAUCCGAAAUGUUUGGAAGGGACCCGAGUGGUCCUUCUUAACCACAUUUAUGGAUUAUCCGAUACCAAAGAGAUGAAUAGACUCAUCUGGUUGCAUGGUACAGCCGGCGUUGGGAAGUCUGCUGUAGCGUUCACUGUAGCUGAAAGAAUGAGAGGUCUGAAAAUGACAGAGGAGACGAAAGUAGAAACGCGGCUCGGUGGAACAUUCUUUUUCUCGCGCAAGCACACGAAACGCCGCACGACUGGUUAUUUCUUUAUGACACUUGCCUACCAACUUGCUCAAAAUUUUCCCAGCGUUCAGACAGACGUGAACAGAGCUAUCCUCAAGGACCCCACCCUUCUAGACCCCGACAAGUCACUUCGCAAGCAGAUGGAGAGGUUGUUUCUGCAACCUCUGCGGAAGCUUCAACACAGACUACGCGAGUGUCCGCCUUUGACGUUCGUUGUUGACGCCCUUGAUGAAUGCACACACGAAUCCCCCAAUGAAUACUCAUCCGAAUUCAGGGAUGAAGACGAAUCUGAAAGCGAGCUUACCGAACUCAUUUCCCUGCUCGCCCAAGUUCUUCGCGAUCCUGAUCUACCUUCGAUCCAUAUUCUAGUCACGAGUCGCUCGGAAGCGCAUAUUUGUGAAGCCAUGCAGAAUGAAGAUGUGCGACCGUUGCUGUGCGAGAUACCAGUGAAGAUUUCUGGGGAGGGUGUUACUCCUAUCAUCUCGCUAGAUGGCGCAGAUGUUGAUGAAGAUAUCUAUCGUUUCUUGGAGCAUUCAUUCAGAAAGCUGCAAAAUCGCUCUCCCACCUUCCCACAACCAACGCAGGAUCAAAUUGAGAAGCUGGCGAUCCGAGCGGGCAGACGUUUCAUUGUGGCGUCUACAAUGAUGAAGUUUAUUGACGAUCGACACAACGAUCCCCGUGACCGGCUUCACCUCAUGCUUGAGCUCACAAGUGAACUUCUACCAGGAACGGAGGUGUACGAGUUAUAUGACCGCAUCCUCUCCACAUGCGCUGAUCCGAAGCUGGCAUACCUGCACUUGUCCAUUGUUACUGCCCUUACAGAUCCUCUACCGAUCUCACAAAUCUCGGAACUUCUUGGCCCUGGUCAGGGCAGGGAUGUGGAGAAAGUGUUGGUGCAACUGCGCUCUGUCAUAGAUGUUCCUCCCAACAGCAGUCUCCCUGUGAAUAUCUAUCACUCGUCUUCUCUAUAUCACUUCACCUCACUCCCUACUCGCACAUUCUUCUCUCCGCUUGAUGGUGCAAGAACUCCCAGGCCGCUCAGCCCUGUUGGAUGCGCUCUUAGCAUUGAAGAAGUUAUAGAAGCCCACAACCCCCAAAAUCUAACACACUCAUUAUCUUUCAUCGUCCAGCCGCCGGAACCAAUGCAAGUGCUUGUAACUCUCCUCUGGCUUCGGGGAAUUCGCAGUUUAGAGUUACAAUUCUGGCUAGGCACUCAGGACGGGCAUGCCUGGCUGGAAAGUCUGGACGGGCGUGCCUGGCUGCAAGCUCAGGAAGGGAAGAACUGGCUGCAGAUCGAGAUGGCGCAAAGCUGGAUGGACAUCUCCAACCAGCUGCAGACCCAGCGUGGGCAACACUUAGUCUCCCGUAUUCGAACCAUAUUGGCAAGAAUACCGUCGUUAGUUCUGCGACACUUACCCCAGACACAGGACCUAUCGCAGAUACAGCUUCCUGACAUAGGGCCGAUCUGGGACCUAUCGCAGACCCAGGACCUGUUGCAGAAACAGCAUUCUGACGUGGGGCCGGUCCGGGACCUAUCGCAGACCCAGGAUCUGUUGCAGAAACAGCAUUCUGACAUGGGGCCGGUCCGGGACCUAUCGCAAACCCAGGACCUAUUGCAGAUACAUCAUUCUGACAUGGGGCCCAUCCCGGACCUAUUGCAGAUGCAACAUUCCGAGGGAUCACGGAGCCAGUCUGUGUGGGACCCACCGCAGACCCAGUACAAGAAAAUAUUACUGCCGACUCGGGGUAGGAACAGCUGGCUGCGGAGCCAGGAGGGGAAGGACUGGGUACAGAGCCAUGUAGGGAAGGACUGGGUACAGACCCAGGGGGGGCAAGACUGGCUACAAACCCAAGGGGGGAAGGACUGGCUACAGACCCAGGGAGGGAGGCACUGGGUGCAGACCCAUGGGGUACCGGACUGGCUGCAAAACAAGGGCGGGCGACAGUGGCUGCAGACUCUCGGUGGCCAAGACUGGCUACAGGCCUUUGGCGGCCGAAACUGGCUGCAAAGCGAGCACGGGCAAGACUGGCUGCAAACCCACGAUGGACAAGACUGGCUGCCUACUCGGGGUGGGAAUGACUGGCUGCAGACUCGGAGUGCGCGGGACUGGCUGCAAACCCCAGACGGGCGAGACUGGUUGCAGACGCCACAAGGUCAAAUGUGGCGGUUGACGACUGCUUGGGUGGCAAUGGAAGAAUUUUCGAACACAUUGGAAGCAAUUAAACAACAUCACAUGAUCGUCCCGGAAUUGUCUUCACAGCCAGCUUUUCAAGUCAUUCAGCAGUUUAAGAGCUUGCCGGACUUCUUAAUGUUUCCUGUGUUCUUGGCGUUAAGGCACCAGGAUCAUUCCACCACCUCUACAUUCGCACAAGACCCCCACCUCCUACCAGACUUGGAGAUUAUCCAUGCAAUGAAGACCUUUUCUGUUUUUGCAAACAAAGCACGCGAACGAAGUCAAUCAUCUUCCGAUGUUCUCAAUUACGCAUGUCAAAACUGGGCUGUCCAUACCUCGCGAGCUCCGAAGCCAUGGGACGAGAAACUCGCCCAUAUAUUUAAGUCUUUCUGGGAUCGUCAUCUCCUCGACUGGCUCGAGAGACAGUGGUGUGUGAAGGAUCUACAGUCUUGCCUAACCAUUUUAGCUGAAGGCGAGAAAAUUGCAAAGGAACAUCUUCUCCGUAUCCCGGAUCGUCUCAAUAACCAGUCGGAAGUCGUCGGGGUUUUCGAAGGCGAGAAACUUGUAAAGGAACAUCUUCUCCGCACCCCGGGUCAUCUCAAUAACCAGUCUGAAGUUGUUGGGGUUUUCGAAGGCGAGAAACUUGUAAAGGAACAUCAUCUCCCCGCUCCGGAUCAUCUCAAUAACCAAUCUGAAGCUGUUGGGGUUUCCGAAGGCUAUAAACCUGCAAGGGAACAUAUUCUCCGCACCCCAGAUCGUCUCAAUAACCAGUCCGAAGUUGUCGGGGUUUCCGAAGGUGAGAAACCUGCAAAGGAAUGUCUUCUCCAAACCCCGGGUCAUCUCAAUGACCAGUCUGAAGUUGUCGGGCUUAUGCAGCGUGUCGUACAGUCUUGUAUCACCUUUCUUCGCAUGUUCAAAUGUUAAACAACAUGUGAUAAGUCGUGUAAGGCCAUAUGUGCUGCAGAGCCCGCUACUUUUUUCGAUUACUUUGCUUCAUAGAUUGUCUAUACUAUGUAUUGAUACUGUUGUGCUUUUGAAGAUGUAAAACAAAGUUACACCGCAAGUGCCAGUUUGCGGUACGUCUGAAUCAGGAUUGUACGCACAUCCGAGUGAACUUCAAUGCAUCACAGUAACUGUAGAA